AGAGAGAGAGAGAGAGAGAGAGAGAGAGGUGAGAGUAGAGUGAUGGGAGCCGGCUGAGGGAACAGGAGCGAGUGAUCACUCUCCGCGCUGCUGAUGUCAGCAGGUACACAGAGGUGAAGGAUGACUUCUUGCCCAGAGAUCUGUGGGUCGGAGUACGGAGAGCAAGUUCAAGCCAAUGGGAACUGCCAGCAGUAUGGAGUCCGCUCCUACCUACACCAGUUUUAUGAGGAGUGCACAGCUUCCAUUUGGGAACGCGAUGAAGAUUUUCAGAUUCAGAGAUCACCUAGCAGGUGGAGCUCUUUACUCUGGAAGGUCUGUCUCGUGUUCGGCUCCCUGAUCUUGGUGUCAGGCUUCAUCAUUGUUUUGGUGGGGUACACCACUCCAACCAGGAUCGAAGCAUUUGGAGAGGAUGAUCUACUUUUUGUUGACAGCCAUGCUGUCAGUUUCAACCGCGCCCUGGACGUCUGCAAGCUGACGGGUGCCGUGUUGUUCUGUGUGGGUGGCACCUCCAUGGCUGUUGGCCUCCUGCUGUCCGCCUUUGCCAAAAGCUAUUCCAAAGAAGAAUUGUUUCUGCAGCAAAAGUUUAAGGAGAGGUUGGCAGAUCUGCACGCAACAGUUGGUACCCCCAUAAUGAGAGCACCCACCCCCGGGGAGGGAAAAGUGCCAGUCACGCUUUCCAAAGUCCAGAACAUCCAGCCAGCAAACUCAAAGUCGGACACCUGACAGUCGUCGACAUGAAGGCAGAGGGUGGAGAAGCGUGUAUGAGGAGUGAUUUGAGAGCAGAGUGUGUGCGAGUGCGAAUACACACCUGUGUGUGUGUUGAUCUAGAUGUAUAUUUUCUCCUUUGAAAGGUCAACUUACAUGUUACUCAUUAUAUCGGUUCCUUGUCCUUAUUUGCCGUGUUUGACAUUGAAGUUUGAUUUUACGGUUACAUACAGUCGCUGCGGAGUUAAUAUAGAGACGUUCAAAAGGAAUAUCGGUUGCGUAAAAUUCAUAGUUUUCUAACAAAGCACAUGCAGCUCUGCCCAGAAAUCAAACCUCAGACACCAAUCAAUAGAACACGGCUGCUGAACAACAUAAUCGCAGCUUCCACGGAGCAUUUUCCUGUCGAGCGGAUUCACAUUAUGAAAAAAAGAGAAGGAUGGUGUUAGUGCUGGAGGGUGCAGAGCAGCAGAUGCAGUGUUGUUUGAAGUCAUUGCUGAUUUGGCCCUGUUCACUGAAAUGAUCAAAAGACGCACCAGGCUCAACAACCAUUAUUUCUGCCCGGUGACUCAAAACAGAGACAGCAGAGUGUUAUUGUGGAAGCUAAACUCUUGUGUGCAUACUCUGUGUAUCUAUCCCUGAACUGUGAGCCAGACCUGUCCAUCGCAAGCAGACAACAUGAACAGAACACAUACUUCUGCGGGUAGUCAGAACAAAUUAGGCACAACCGGAUGAGAACAAACCUUGCGGGUAGAUCCCACACUGACAUUUUCAUCUGUCUUGUUAGGCCUCUGAUUUUGUCUUCUCCAGUAAAUCCUCAGACAGGAUCGAUGAGACCGGACCAGACAGGCCGGUGAAAGCUACAUUGAACCGGACAGAACAUGCAGAGCGGCGCAGUCUGCCACUAAAUCACACAGCUUAUACUUUCCGGGUGAGAUGAACAUGGCGUUCAUCAUGUCGUCUCAUGGCAAACCCGUUCACUCUCUGUCUCCUCUCGGUCAAAGAUGGAGAUGGUGCCGAGGGUGCUUGAGGAGAGACAACAUGACAGAUAUGUUGCAUAACGGGGGGGGGGGGGGGGGGGGGGGGGCGCUCAGCCCUCCCGUGAGAUUCUGUUUGACAGUGCUCACUGCUUUACAUUGCGUAAAGUGAUAAUUCACAGACAGUGUACGGUCGCUAUGUCACUCGCAAACCAUUUCUGAGACAGCAAAUAUAUCGAUGAGGUUUUUUAUUUUAUUUCAAACAAGCUUAGCGCGAGCUCCAGCUCACACGCUGUAACCGUAACUUACGAGCAAAACAAGCUGUAAACAGUCACGUGUCAGUGCUUUUUAAAACUUUCUCUCUUUAUGUUUGAUAAAUAUGUGUUUUUUGAAUUUUUUGGACCAUGCCACUUUAAAUGAUUAUUAUUAUUCAUUUUUUUUAUUUUUACAUGAAUUACAACUCACUGGACUUGGAUUCAAAAGCAUUUGUUACAGUGGUAGUAACUGUCCAAGUGCCAUCAAGCUACAUGCCUCCCAAUGUGUAUCAAUGCAGCAGCUCCUUCGAAUUCAUGUGGCAAGAAUGGUGGAUGCUCAUUGUCUGAAAUACUGUGCUGUUCAUGUAACUUGACUUCUCACAGCCUCCGCUCCCGUCUUUACUGCCUUUCUUCUUUUGCUUUGAGAAAUUCUGGAAUUUUCAUUUCAAUGCUUAAACAUAUUCGGCACAUUCAAAACAAACAAUUGUAGCUGUAGCUCUGAAGAACAACAUUCUAACAAAGGAGAUGUUACAAAGGAACCAACUGUCAAGUAGUACAAUACAAGAAGAAAAACAAAGCUGCUGUAACCAAACACUCCAGUUGGGCCAGUGUUUAGUAAGUGGAUAAUAAAUGUGCUGAUGUAUUGCUACAUGCUGUGAAUUUGAUUUUGAAGUCUUUAAAGCAACACUAUGGAACUUUAAACGAUGGUUCACUGACUUGGAACAAGGGAAAUGUUACCAGUUUCAUUCUAACUCCUCACCCUGAACAUCUGUUCUUGCUCUUUGUUACUUUUAGUCUUUGCUUAUUGUGAUAAAAUCAGUGCCCAGCAAGUUCAAGAGUAAUGUCCAACUGUAGAUCAGUUAAAAAGACUUAUAAAUAUUUUUUUAAACAACGUUGAUUGUUGAUAUUCUGUGAGGAAACCUUUGAAGUAAUCAGUUUGUUUUUUUGUUGUCUUUGGUGUUACAUUUAAACCACAUAAUCAUUCAGACACGCAACCCAACAGAAGGAUCACCACGUGUGGCUGCAGAGGGCGCUGUUGCUCAGUAAAAGUUACAUGGUGUUGCUUUAAUAGACCGGAGUUUAAUUGUUCAUUCCAGCCCAGAAUCUGGGAGAUUUUUUUUUCUGUUAUGUGAAAACAAAAAAAUGCUUUUGAUCUUAUUUCCUCUGAUCCUGUCUUCUACUGUCUGUUGCUGUAACAGUGGAUUCUCCCAAUGAAUAAAACAAGUGGACUGUA